AGAUGAAUUCAAAGACAACUUCAAGCAUGAGAUUGGCUGGUAUAUCAAGAAACUCUGAGACAAUUCAUCCCCAGUCGUAAUUCACUUUCACUGGAUAAAAGUGAACAAAGAAAAGAAUCACCAUGCCAGGCCUGAUCAAUCGCCACACAAGGGCACCCUUGACCCUCCAAGCUACCCGUGUGUCAGCAUGCGUCAACGGUCUCUCCGUCGGAAUCGCAGCUUCGCUCACCUACUUCAACCAAGAAGAUCAUGUCGUUGAGGGCGUCUUCUGCUUCAAGAUGAACGAGAACACGACGGUGGCUGCGUUCGAGGCGCGGAUGCUGCAAGGUCGUACCAUCACUGUCCAUCUCAAAGACCGCACCCAGGUUGAGCACUUCAACGAGAUCCUGACCGGACGCAUCACCGUGACCCCGAACCAACCCAACGUCUUGCCCCCUGGAAAGUUUGCGCUCUCCGAGUUCCACAACGCCCGCGUCUUCUGCUCAAACCUUGGAACGAUCCGACCCCAUGGAACUGUAACGAUCCUCCUAAGUAUAUCAUCGCUCAUGAACACUGGGUCUUUGGGCGAGGCAAAGCUGCAUAUUCCAAGUGUCUUCACACCCCGUUAUAAGAAACCCCAGACCAAAGAGAAUGGUCCCCAACCUCAGCAGCCUCCAAGCCAGCCGCAGACAUCGCAGACGACAUCAUCGCCCUCACCCAAUAGCACAACAGAACAUUUACACAGGUCCCUUCUGGACAUAGCCGAUGAGGUUGGAGAAAAUCCACAGGAAUAUGAAUUUGAAUUCCAGCUUGAGAUCCGUGCACCGUCAUUACUCUCUGGAGUCUCAAGCUCUUCGCAUGCUGUCCGUGUAGAUGCAGAACCAUUUGCUGCAAAUGCUUCCAAUGUCUUUGUGACUUUAGCUGAACCACACCAGAUGGAUCGAGAUCUAUCCAUCACAGUCCACUACCCAAAGCCACACGUCCCGGUCGUGAUCCUAGAGCACGGGGACAUCAGCCCAACUGCCUAUGAACAAUUCGUCAAGACCGAAAACGAGUACAAGAACCCGGUGGAGACAACAGACGACGAGGACAAAACGAGAGUAUUCCUGCAGAAGCGUCUGCUCAAGGAUGUCAUGCACAACCCAGUCCUGAUGCUCAACUACUGCCCCGACUUUGAGAAGCUAACGCAGCAGAUGCUGACGUACCGGUUCGACGUUCCUGGAGAGUACGUCCUUCUGGUUGACCGGAGCGGAAGCAUGAGCGGGGAGUACAUCGCCAAUGCACGGGAAACACUCAUGAUGGUGCUCAAGAGUUUGCCCAUGAACUGCCGGUUCAAUAUCAUCGGGUUUGGCUCGGCCUACAAGCCGCUCUUUGAGUCGAGCCGUCCAUACACCCAGGACAAUGUCAGUGAGGCAAGUGCCUACCUGAGGUGUAUGAGGGCAGAUCUAGGAUCUAUGGCUAAUCUUCUGGUGCCAUUGCAGUGGGUGUACAGACAUCCUGUAGUCAGAGGGUGUCCAAGACAGAUCUUCAUCGUAACAGACGGUGGUGCUAACAACACAGCUGAGAUCCUUGACAUGGUGCGAUGCAAUGUCCCACAUACAAGGUAAGGUCUACCUCUUUCUUCAUAAGCACUUAUUAUUCAUGUACUUGUGUCUCCAUUCUGUAAUAAUACAACUUGUUUGUUAUGGUGUAUAUCUGAUUGGAUGUCAUUUGGGGAUGUUAUGCCCUAGGAUCUGCUUAUGAUAACAGCCUUCUCUUUGCAUUAUAGUAUGUUGCAUGAUCCAUAAUCAAUCUGGACAUAUUUUUCUCUUUUUUUAUACAUUUUUUGGUUGUAUUUGUUGUUUAUCAUUUCUUUCACUAUUGUCAUCUAUAAUAGACAUGUUUACUUUUUUUCAAUUAUUUAUUGUAUUUUGAAAAGUUUCUGUAUCAUUGCCAAUUAAGGUGUUACUAGUGAUCAACCGGUUAAGUUAUAUACAAACCAAACUUUGAGGUGGAAUAUGUAUCUUAGUUAAGCCACAGCCAAGAGGCCAAAUAAAGUUGCCGCUUUUUGCACAUUGCAUGUCUAUUUCGUUCCUUAUGCACAUAGAAUCAUCAUAUCAUUUAUAACUACACUUUGGUGUAUAAUGCAGAAAAAUGCAAACAUUUACAAAUACACACAAAAAUAUUAAUUUGCUGGACUUUUGAAUGAAAUUUGUUUUUUAAAUACUAAUAGCUUGACUAGAUCUGUUUCAUUUCAUUUUGGCUUUAGUAUCCUUUCAUUACUGUUAUUUUUAGGAAAAUUUCUUCCUUUCUCCAUGUUCUUAUGUAAUUUAACCUGUCAUCUGUUUUGAUUAUAUGACAGUCAAAGUUUUGAUACAUAACCCAGUGCUAUUUAACCAUCACCCUGUCAAAACAUAUUCAAAAUUACUGCUCAGCACUAGCUGCAUUUAGAUUGUAAUUACAAAUUGUAACAACGCAAGAAAUUGCCGAGGCAUAAAAUCAUUUCAACAUCGUUUACCUUCCUCUGGGCAAUUUUGGUGGAAAGGAGAGAGUUUACGAGAAAUCAGGCGUAAAUCUUGGCUGUAAAUAAAGCUACAUCCGUAUAGUUUAGUGAGCAAUGUGGAGAAAAUAUCGAUGUGGAUUGCUUGUAUGCAUUCCAUGAUGAGAGCUGCAUGCAUGGGCAUCUUUAGGAGAAAUUCAACCUUGAUAUGAAGUUUGUUUUCAUAGAACAGAAAAUGACAUGGAUGGGUUUCGGGAGGAUGAGACUCCAAGCCUUUCUUCCAUCAUUGUAAUUGUCAAGAAAUCUCAAUCGUUUAGUCAGUUUUUAGAAAUAUCAAUAGUUUAAUCAGCUUUAAAGCUUAAUAUGACAUUAUCCAAUGAUGGAAAGAUUGCAAUAUUAAGGAAUUAAGUUGUGAAUAUUAAGGAAUUAAGUUGUGAUUAUUCUUUUACAUGUUCAUGCAGUCUACGUUAUUUUCAUAAUUUGGCACAGAUUUGCAACAUGAUGGCAUGUAAGGAUUCAAAUGUGCAGUAGGACCAAGCACAUUGUGUGCAACGUGCCAGUCUUAAAGCUCCAUCUAAUCUACUUAUUUCCUGGUCAGAGUUGAAAGGGUUUAAGUUACAUCAUGUUGCGCGGGAGUAAUUCCCUUCUAGCUGUGAGCAUAAGCAAUUAUUCUCUGCUGGGGCUUAUAUGGAGCGCAUUCAACAAGUCAGGCAGGAUAUAUGGUACGAUAUUGCGUUCCAUUUUGAAGUGGCUCUUACUUUAAUGCCCGGUGUCGAUUGUCAUCAAACACCUUUGGAUGUUAAAGUUCUUGUCAAGAUAAUGAAGGAUGGUUAGAAGCAAUACUUUCUAUUCAUGGCAAAUAAAAGUGAUAUGUACAGGCUAUAGCACAUGCUUGUGAAUGAUUUUGAACAUAGGGUUGGAUCCAGGUUUAUAUAAAAAAGGGUGCAAUUAAAGAGCAAAUUUGGAAAUUGAGGGGGCAUAGAUGGCAAUUAUUUUAAGAUUUAGCUAUUGAUAUGAAAGUUCAAUGGGCAAUGCUAACAUGCAGGGGGGAGGGAUGUCCUGGAUACGGCACUGCUUAUUUGCAUUCCUGAUUAGCGACCAAUAGCUUUACUUGAAUCAUCAACCAACUAUCCUUUUCCUAAUAAAAUCAAGCAAUAUCUCAAAUCAGUUCCUACAAUGAUUUUGAUUUUAUCUUUUGUCUUUGUAGUUCAGUCACGAUUUUCCCAUUUUCUAUGUCCAACUAUCAGGUUGAAAAUAAUGAGUAGUGCUCUGCUCAUACACUGUUAAAAAACCCUGACUUUACAGAAAAAAAAGAAGAUUUUGCAGAAAGCAAUAACAGAAUCAUUCCGUAAAUUCGUAAAACAGGAAUUUUUCUGCAAUUUAACAGAACAGGUCUGUUUAAAAAGGAGAAAAGGGUGCUUUAUUAAAGGAAAUUUGUAAGGUUCCAUACCACAAAUACCAAUUUCCUGUAAGAUUACGCAAUCUGGCAAGAUUACGCAAUCUGGUAAGAUUACAGAUGUUCUCGAGACUCUGCUGCAGGAACUUCUUUUAUUUUAAGGAUAAAUUUUCUAACAGUGUAGUGGUUGAACUC